AUGGCCGGUCCCUCCUCCUUCGGCAGAUACACCCACGCCAUCGUCCGCAGCGUCCCGGACUCGCUGGGCGCCCAGCCCGCCGGGGACGGGGCGGGCCCGGCAGAGCCAGUGGACCUGGCCAAGGCGCACCGGCAGUACGGGGUCUACACCGGGAUCCUGCGGCAGAAGCUGGGGCUGCAGGUGAUCGAGUUGGUGGCCGACGAGGGGCUGCCCCGCUCCGUGCUGGUGGAGGACGCGGCCGUGAUCCAGGGCGAUACGGCGCUCGUCACCCGGCCCUGGGAGCCGGCGCGGCGGGGAGAGAUCAGCAGCAUCAAGAAGGUCCUGGAGGAGCUGAAGAUGCGGGUGGUGGAGGUGACGGAUGACGGGGCCACCUUGGACGGCAGCGACGUGCUCUUCACAGGUCGAGAGUUCUUUGUGGGCAUCUCCAAAUGGACCAAUCACCGAGGGGCGGAGGCGGUGGCGGAUGCUUUUCGGGAUUUUGCUGUCUCUACGGUCCCCGUGGCGGGCUCCUCCCAUCUGAAGAGUUUCUGUAGCAUGGCUGGGCCAGACACAGUCGCCAUCGGAAGCAGUGAGGCUGCCAAGAAAGCCAUGAGGACCAUGGAGCAGCUGACCGAUCACCACUAUGACACACUGACGGUGCCGGACGACCCCGCCGGGAACUGCGUCUACGUGCGCCUGGGGCCCAAGGGCAGUGCCCUGCUUCACCGCAGCCCCGAGGAGUUCCCCAACAGCCUACAGCCGUUCCAGAAGCUGUCCGACCUCACCCUGAUCCCCGCCGCCUGCAGCGAGGUGGCCAAGCUGGGGGGGGCCCUCAGCUCCUGCUCCCUUCUCAUCAACAAGAAGCUCGACCGCUAG